AUGCGACAGCGUAAUGAUAGCGAAUUCAUCGAUUUAUUGAACAGCUUACGGGUAGGUGAACUGACGACGGCUCAGCUGGAAUUACUAUGCGAGCGGCGCCACGUGCCUAUAAAUGGUGAAUUUGCGGAUGGAGUCGCCGUUCGUAUCUUUCCCACGGUCAGGCAAGUCGACGAUUACAACGACAAAAUAACCAAGGAAAAUGCAAAGCUGCACCGAACUUAUUUAAUCAACGCAGUGGAUGAGUCGCGUGAAGUAGCGACAUAUGGUAGAAAACCACCAGAGAACGUGAUUCCCAAAGACGUCAAUAACUGUGGUGGUCUUCUGCCAUCGAUAAGAAUUAGCGUCGAAUCUCGAGUGAUGUUGAGACGCAAUAUCUCCGUCUCUGAAGGGCUAGUAAAUGGAGCUAUGGGUAUAAUAAAAAAAAAUCAAAUGGCCGGCCUUGAGGGGAGAUCAACUAGAGGAUGGAGAGCUACCAGAAGCCGUGUACGUUUAAUUUGA